AUGGCAAGAACCCUGGAGGAGCAACUUCGUCGGCAGAUUUCUGCAGAAGAUCGGAAUUGCCUGAGAGAAUUGUGGCCGCAUGAUCCUUACGUCGAAAAGAGACGGAUUGAAGAUACGAAGGGGGGCUUGCUACAGGACUCUUUCAACUGGAUCCUCGAGAACGACGACUUUUGUCGGUGGUUCAAAGAUCCAAAUCGUCCACUUCUCUGGAUCCGGGGUGACCCAGGGAAAGGCAAAACAAUGCUCUUGUGUGGCAUUGUCGACAACCUGCAGAAAUUGGCGCCCUCUAGUCUCAUAUCUUUUUUCUUCUGCCAGGCCACCGACGAGCGCAUCAAUAACUCAACUGCAGUAUUGCGGGGAAUUAUUUUCUCCCUCAUCGACCAACAGCAACACCUCUUGAAGCACUUAAGAGAGCCCUAUGCCCGCCAGGGGAAAUCCCUUUUCGAACCACCUAGUGCAUGGUAUGCGUUAUCGAGCAUCCUACAGUCACUUCUAUCCGACUUGAACAACACCCAGCAACCGACUUGUCUUCUUGUUGAUGCACUUGACGAGUGUGUUAACGAGGAUAUGCCUCGACUUCUCGACUUUAUCGUUAAAAUGUCUAAUGAGCUUCCUUAUGUCAAAUGGGUCGUCUCAAGUCGGAAUUGGCCGCAAAUAAUAGACAAACUAAAGAAUCUAGGGCCCGAAUCCCAGCUGAGCCUAGAAUUGAACGCUGAAUCCGUGAACGCUGCCGUCCAAAUAUAUAUCAAGCGAAAGGUCUUGCAGCUAAGUGAAAACAAAGGAUAUAACAAGAAAAAAGAGGAAGCAGUCCGAGACUACCUCCUCUCUAAUGCUGACGGCACAUUCCUCUGGGUAGCCUUGAUUUGCAAAAAUCUUGAAAGAGCCUCGCCAUGGAUUGGCCUUGCUUUGUUGCAGAAAAUUCCCCCAGGACUUGAUUCGCUGUACGAGCAAAUGGUCAACACUUUGGCCAGAUGUGAUGAAGCCGAGAUCUGCAAGCGCAUUCUAGCCGUUGCUACAGUUGCCCGUCGACCUGUUACCCUCGAAGAAUUAAUAGUACUUGCUGAAACCCCAGGAGAAUUGGACGAAAAAAGCGAAGCCGUAUGCGAUUUGAUAGGGCAAUGUGGCUCAUUUCUCACCAUUCGGGACGAGGUAGUCUAUUUUGUGCACCAAUCAGCUAAAGACUUCCUGGUUGAGACGGCCGCGAAGAAGACGUUUUUCCUGGGGAUUGAGAAGGCCAGCCAUUAUAUGGUGGCAAGAUCAAUAAAACUGAUGUCUGAGGCCUUAAAGCGCGACAUUUAUGGUAUCAAAGAUCUUGGAAUUCACAUUGACGAUGUCCAAGUCCUUACUUCGCAACCGCUCACUGCCAUAGGCUACUCUUGUGUCCAUUGGGUUGACCAUUUUAUGGAUACAAUUCCCAGUAUGGACGAAGAGAUAAUUGAUGCUACCAAAAGAUUCAUUGAAACGAAAUACCUAUGCUGGCUAGAGGCUCUUAGUCUACUCAGAAAGCUACCAGAAGGCGUCAUGGCAAUGAGAAAAUUACAAGAAUUCUUCAGGAAAGAGAUGCCACAGGAUCCAGAUAGAUUAAUUCGAGACGCCUAUCGAUUCAUUUUAGCGGCCACGCAAAUUAUCCAGAGCUUUCCACUCCAAAUCCAUCCACUAGCCCAUUUGAUCUGCCCAACUGAGAGCAAGAUACGACAAUUAUCUAUAAAAGAAUAUGCCUCAUUGUUUCAAAUGAAGCACGGUAUGAAGUUAGAUUGGGAUUCAUGCAUGCAGACGAUAGAUGCAGAAUUCUUAGCAGAUCCUCAUAUUGCUUUGUCCACAGACGGCAAGCUCUUGGCAUCCAUAUCACGCUACGGUAUCAAGAUUUGGGACAUGGCCACUGGAACUCCCUUAAAGAUUCUUGCUCAUCCUUUUCGGGUGCUUAAAUAUGACUUUGAGGAAGACGUAUAUCUGCUCUUCUCACCGAAUGGCCAGCAGCUGGUCGUGAGCUCCAGCCAGCGAGGAGAGAUCGAUGUCUGGAACAUUGAAUCUGGCCAACAUCAAAACACAAUGGAGGUUAAUCUGGACUCUGGCUACAAUCUAUGUUUUUCUCCCGAUGGACGAUACCUUGUCACAGAGUGGGAUGACGGCAUUGUGUCACCAGAGAUUUCUCCGAGAAUUCGCAUCUGGGACAUGGCUUCGGGCAGGUGCGUGCGCACUCUUGAGAUCACUGGGAAAAUUUAUUCAAUCUCAUUUUCCAGCAAUGGCAAAUUAUUGGCCGUUUGUUCAUCUACGAAAAUGAUAAAAAUAUGGGACGACGGGGGCAAAUGCAUACAUACAAGCAUUUUAAAAGAAAAAUGGAAGCCGGAGGCGUAUUUCAUCGGAGGAAGACGCCCAUGCGUCUGCUUUUCACCAGAUUUAUCCCGCUUAGCCUUCUGCGAUGCAGAUCGCAAUGUCAAGAUCUUGGACAUACCCUCCAAUCAAUGCACUCAUACCAUAGACCCUUGGUGCGAGAUAUCUCUCCUGACCUUCCUUCCAAAUGGCAAGCAGCUGGCCAUGACUGUUUCUGGCCUUAGUAACAGGAUAUUUAUCUGGGAUAUUGAUUCAAAUGAGAAUUUGAGGACAUUAAAAGGCCAUACCCCAUAUAUACGCUCGAUGGCGGUAUCACCUAAUAGCAGCCAAUUGGUUUCAGCGUCACGCGAUGAGACUAUCAGGGUAUGGGAUAUAAUUGUCGAAGGAAGUGUGCAAACGUUGAUCGGUCACCAGAAUCCGAUCUAUCUCAUAGCAUUUUCAUCAGAUGGCAAGCUUCUAGCUUCUGCAUCAUCGGUCAACGACAUCAAGAUUUGGGAUAUUGCAAACAGCAUUUGCAUACAGACUCUAAUAGGCCAUACCGAUUCGAUCAGGUUGAUAAAGUUCUCACCAGACUCUCAAAGUUUGGCAUCGGCAGCAGAUGACGAGAUAAUGAUAAUCUGGGGCCUCGCUAUAGAUUCUGCCAUUACUUUGAGGCUAACUAUUACCGAAACCGAUUUGAGUCAGCCUAGGAAAAUUGUCCAUUCUAUUGACUUUACCAAGGAUGGUGAAAUUCUCGUUUCAUCUUUGGAAGAUGGUACCAUAAAUAUAUGGGACGUUAUCUCCGGCAAUUGUAUUCAAACUUUUCAUCACCCU